AUGGAGCCAUCUAUGAAUCCCCACAACAUUCAUGUUCAACCACCUGCAAUUACGCAAGGACAUGAUACUACUAAUAUUUACCAUCAACACAUCUCUAUGAUGGAAUCGGAUGAUUCAACUGCAACAAAUUCUGCUCCCAUGAAUGAUUGUGUUAGAGACUCUUCUCAGGAAGGUUUUCAAUGUUCUGUCCAUGGAAAAUCUAAUAAUAUCAUUAAUGUCCUUGCUAGUUUACAUCCUGCAAAACAAAAUGUCUUAAUUUCUUUCAUGUAUGUCUCUACCUACUCUGAUAUUAAGAAAAUACAAUGGGAUGUCAUGUCGAUUAUUAGUGAUAACAUUAUGCAACCUUGGAUUGUAAUUGGAGACCUUAAUGUUCACCUUCAUACUUUGGAUUCCAGUACUUCAGUCUCUCAAGAUGAUAAAUUUGUUCAACAAAAAAUAAAUGAUUGUGGUCUAAUGGAUUUAGGUUAUAUUGGUAGAGAUUUUACUUGGUCUAGUAAUAAGAUUGGCACUGUAAUUAGUAUUUCUAGAAUUGACAUGGCCUUGGGUAAUCAACAGUGGUGUUUUCAUUUCCCCAAUGCUAGAUUGUAUCAUCUUGUUCAAGCUGGAUCUGAUCACUAUCCUAUAAUGCUACAAACUGAUAAAACCACUGAAAAUCUAUGGAGACCUUUUAAAUUCUUUGCUAUGUGGCUUAAACAUGCUGGCUUUAAAAAUCAACUGAAAAUUUCUUGGAAUACUAAUACUAGAGGUUCUCCUGGUCAUAUAUUGAUUGAAAAACAUAUCUAUACUAGAAAAAGGCUUUCUUAUUGGAAUAAGAUUGACUUUGGUGAUAUUGAUAGUAAUAUUAAUGCUCUUCAGGAUCAACUCCUUAGACUUCAGAAUGAACCAGUCUCUAUUACUCGGCAUAACUGUCUUAGCGAUACCAAUAAGCAACUAGAAAUGUGGUUUGAUAUUAAAACUGAAUUCUAUAAGCAAAAAUCUGGAGAUAAAUUCAUAGUUGAUAUGGAUAAUAAUUCUAGAUAUUUUCACACUCUAGCUAAUAGAAGAAUGUUUAGGAAAAACAUUGGUUGCUUAUAUGAUGUUCAUGGCCCAGAUGGCUUUCAAGAUGGUUUCUACCAUGUUAAUUGGGACAUUGUUGGUAAUGAUAUAGUUCAGGAUGUUCAGAGUUUCUUUAUUUCUGGUUACAUGCCUAGGGAGUUUAAUAAGACUUACCUUUCUUUGAUUCCUAAAGCUGACAAUGCCAAUUAUCCUGCUGAUUUUAGACCUAUAAGCUUAUGUAGAGCUAUACAAGAUAAUAUAAUCAUUGCUCACGAAAUUAUUCAUACAAUGAAACAUAAAGAAGAAAUCUCUAUCCUUCUUAAUGGUUCUCCUAAUAGUGCUUAUAGUCCUACUAGAGGUCUAAGACAGGGGGAUCCUCUAUCCUCCUAUCUCUUUAUAAUAGCCAUUGACUAUUUAUCUAGACUCCUUGUUAAUGCUACCACUAAUCAUGUUAUUACUGGUGUCAAAGCUGCUAGAAAUACCCCUGCAAUUACUCAUCUUCGUUUUGCAGAUGACAUUCUCAUUUUUACUAAAGCUGAUAGACACAAUACCACAGGUAUUCUUAAUACACUCAACCAAUUUGGUAACAUCUCAGGAAAAUGA